AUGGCCGAGGUGGGGCCGCUGUCGCCCGCGGCGGUGCCCGAGGGCUCGACCGGCGCCGGGCCCCGGAGCACCCGCGGCGGGAGCGAGGGGUCGCGGCCGCCGGAGCUGUGGGGCGGCGACACGCGGGAGCUGCUGGAGGAGGUGGAGAUGCAGAUCGGCGACGCCGCCUUCUCGCUGGCGAAGAUCCUGGAGGCGACGUCGGCCGUGUCGGCCCAGGUGGAGGAGCUCGCCACCAAGUGCUCGGAGAACGCCCGGUUCCUCAGAACAUGGCGGGACCUGCUGCGGGAGGGGUACGAGUCCCUGAAGCCCAGCGGCUGACCCUGCCCCCGCGGCGGCUCGGCCGGUCACGCUGAGCUGCCCGCUUCUGUCGGACUGGAAGGCAGGGGUGUUUUUUAAACGACCUUUUUUUAGGAAGUUCACGUGGAUUUUUGUUUUCCCUCAGCAGCUCCCCGCGAGCCCGGAGUUCUUUCAAAAAUACUUGACUCGUAUGGACGUUGUAUAUAAGUCACCGAGCAAAAUAACUUUGUUUAGGGGAUCAGUUGUGACUUUUAGACUCUUCUGUUGCAGCUCAAGUGAUCUCGUACAUGAAAUACUCUCCCCCUUUUUUUUUUCUUUGCUACUGUGGUGGAUGCAAAGUUGGUAUGUGUGGUACGUCCAGAACUCAUUACUGGUGAGGAAGUGGUGUCCGGCGAGGAGGUAGUGUCAGGCCUCCUUUUUAAGAGCUGUCACCAGUGGAAAUCCUGCCAGCUCCAGAGAACUUGCUGAACUAACUUCAGUUUUUCUCUAUGCACACUUUUUCUUUGUGUUGAGGAUGGGAUAAUAUGGCAAGUCGUGGCUUAUUUAUGAGCUUUAGAUAAGCCUCAUAUCCCAAACCUUACUACUUUUAGCAGUACUGCGGUAUAUUUCUACAAAGCUGCAGAUUUUUUGCAAGAUGUUUGAUUACUGCAAACAACUUUACACUAUCAUUUUUGUAAUAAAGUGCCUUAUGAUGGACCAUA